AUGAUAGAAGAGGUGUCAGGUGACGAUAAUAUUAAAAAUGUAAAAACUAGGAAUGAGGUUGCAUUGGCUCAAAUAUACGAGCAACAACAGAUAGCAAAAGAAGUUGCAGAUAGAUCAAGUUAUCGGUUUAGUAUUCAUUAUGGUUGGGUUGUGGUUGCAGUAGAGCUGCACAAAGAGAUUGACCGUCAAUCUGAACUAAUUAAACUACUACAGAACCAAUUAGGCCAAGAACAAAAUCAUCAACUACAACAACUACAAGACCAACUACAACUAAUAAAAGACGAACUACAACACCUAAAAGACCAACUACAACACCGAUCAAAAAGAUGCAACAAGCGGAAUCAACCGCUUGAUCCACAAAAUCCCGCUCAACCGCUUGAUCCACAUAUUCCCGACCGAAUAAUACGCAGAAUUGGAGCUCAAGAAUUUUUGGAUAACAACCUCACCUGUGUUAAAGUAUCACUUCCAAAAUCUAGGACCGAGGUUGUACCAUACAAGGGCUAUAUACCUGCAUUAUUAGCUCAAAUAUACGAACAACGUCAGAUAGAGUUUGCAGAUAAAAUCUAUCGAUCAGGCAAACCCAGGGCUACGAUAAGAAUCCAUAUUGGUUGGCUGCUGGGUGUAAUUGUGUUGUUGGCUGGAACUUGCUGCUAUCUAUAUGUUAAAUAUGAUAGUUUGGUUGUGUUUGGACUAAAUCAAGAGAUUAGCCACCAAAUUGAUCUAAAUAAACUUCUACAGGUCCAAGUAGAAGAGGAGCAACAACAUCAAAUACAAGUCGAAAAGCUCCUACAAGACAAACUGGACCAACAAUAUCAACAUCAACAAGAUGUACAACAAAAAAUACGAGACCAACUCGCUCAAGAAAAAGGUCAUAGCAAAAAACUAGAACAACUACACGAAGAAACAACAACAACUCUUACGACAAAAACACAGCGAACAGCAACAACAACUACAAAAAGAACUACACCAACUACAACAACAACUACACCAACUCCAACAACUACAACAACAACAACAAAAUCAGCCACAACUAAAAGACAUACUGCAACAAAUACAACAACUACAACAACUACAACAACAACAACCACACCAUCAAAAAAAGGGAGGAUGGUUGAGAAAAAUUUUUAG